AAAGUCUGCGUUGCGAGCAGUUUGUGGACGAACGUGGAUAUGAAUGGAUCGAAGAUUCGGACUACGAGGUAAAGUUUGCUGAAAUGGAAUCAAGGCGUGGUACCAGAAACCGUUGCAGAGACAUCGAAGAUUCAGACUCAGAGGCCAGCAGCAGUGACAACCAUGGAAAGUGUUUCGUUUCCACCGGGAAUCUGAGCGAGAUGACCACGGGAUGUUUUUCAGGGACUGUUGCUAUCUUGCUCGCUCCUGACAAGAGGAAGAUGGGAUACAAGCGAGUGUUAGAAGCAGGAGGAGGAACAGUGCGGGACUCGGUCACGAAGAACUUCUCGAGGAUGAUCGAUGGAGUGACUCACGUGUUUGUCAGUCGGCUCCUUGUCGAGAAGGAUGACAUGGAGUGGAGCGACGCCGACAAGAAGAAUGUUGAAGAGCAGCUCAAGAUCUUCUUGGACCGUGGAAUCCGAUGCUAUUGGGACGACUUGAUUUGUGAUUACCUGCUCGACUCCAGCUCGACUAAGUCCAGCGACUACCUGAUCACGUUGCGCAAACUUGAGCUGAACCGGGACAAGCGGAAAGCAAAGCUCGGAGAGCAGGUUCCUUGCAAGCGUGCGCGAGUUUAGAUACGAACUAACUAGAUAAUGUGAAUGUUCAAUUUUUCCUUCGUUUUUUUUAGAAUUACACUACAACGUAAUUAGCUC